GAAAUCCCACGGGCCUUACCCAUGGAAACUAAAACCCUAGUUCUGGUCACUUCUCCUCCUAAUAUAGGCUCGGAUCGAGCCAGCCGUUUAUAUCAAUCCACUUAAUCUAAACCGUCGAAUCAUCAUCAAGGGAGACUAUAAAAAAGCUUGCAUAAAUUCCCCUGUACGGUGGUGAAUCUAGGUUUUGGUGACACAGAGUUUUUGGCUAGCUUUCCCGGAGCAUUUCUUUGUUGGACGUCGAGGUAAAAUCGUUUAGAUCACGAGCUUUUCAAAAGUCCAGGAGAAGAGGAUUUGUUGUUCCAGUUUCCAGCAGUGUUUAAUUUGUUGUUUUAUUUUUGUACUAUUUCAAUGAUGCCGAAUUAUGUUAUUUCAGUCGUCAGAUUGCUUUUGAACGUUUUUCUUUUAUGAAAUUACCUUUCUGUUUUGUGUUCUGUUUUUGGUUAAUUUUGUUUGGCUAUACUUGCUGCUCUUGUUAGUAAGAAACAGUAUUGGUUUUUGUUAACGAAGGAUAUUUAUUUAAUUUCAGUUCUGAUGGAUUUUUUGUUUUGUGUUUAAAUUAUUUCUCGGGAGAGUUUUUCUGAAUUGUGGCUCUGUUGGAGUGAACAUGUCCGAUAUAUGGAUCCUUUUUCCGUGCAGCGAUUGAAAUGUUCUCCCUGUAUAAAUUUUAAUCAAGGCUGGUGUCUUUGAAGGGCUCUUUUACCAUUGUCUCCAAUUGUUUUUGGGGUCUUUUGGGAAGAAAUACCUAUGAGCUUGAGAAUUGGCACUUCUAAUUUUGUGCCAUAGGCCUUUGGUCAGGGAUCAUUUCUAAUCUGUUUGCUGGAAGUGUUCAUUAUUGUGUUGUGUUUAUUGCUACUGCAGUCACUCUUUAUCUCGAGAAUUUGAGGUUUCUUUAACAAAACCUUUCUAAAACCUUUCUUCUUGUAUGAUAAUGAUUAUAAUUAAAAUUUUUGUUUGUAUUUAUCUUGUGAUUGCGAGGUGUCAAUGGGUUGUUAAUCUGUCUUUGCAGUGCUUUUCUUUUUUUUUUCACCCUCCUUUUUCUAAAAUCAAGGUUCCUAUGUGCUCCUUUCUCUCAUUAUAGGAUGUAAAUAACUACCCAUGGAUUAUGAGAUUGGGUUACGUUCUAUCUAUGUGAUUCUUACAAUUUGAAUGUUUAUAAUCUUAACUUUUCGAGUUUUGCAGAGAUACCAGUAAGAAACAAUGUCUCACCGCAAGUUUGAACAUCCCAGACAUGGUUCCUUGGGAUUUCUCCCAAGGAAACGAUCCACCCGUCAUAGAGGAAAAGUGAAGGCUUUCCGCAAAGAUGAUCCCACAAAACCCUGCACGUUAACUGCAUUUACUGGGUACAAAGCUGGGAUGACUCAUAUUGUGAGAGUGGUGGAUAAGCCUGGAUCAAAGCUUCACAAAAAGGAGACAUGUGAGGCAGUGACCAUAAUUGAAACACCACCAAUGGUUGUUGUUGGGGUUGUUGGCUAUAUUAAGACACCCCGUGGCCUUCGCUGCCUGGGAACUGUGUGGGCUCAGCAUCUCAGUGAGGAGGUGAGAAGGAGAUUCUACAAAAAUUGGUGCAUGUCUAAAAAGAAGGCUUUCACUAAGUAUUCACAGAAGUACGAAACUGAAGAUGGGAAGAAAGACAUCCAUGCCCAGUUGGAAAAGAUGAAGAAAUAUUGUACUGUCAUUCGGGUCAUGGCUCACACUCAGAUCCGGAAAAUGAAGGGCCUUAAGCAGAAGAAAGCCCACCUGAUGGAAAUUCAGGUCAAUGGUGGGGAUGCUGCUAAGAAGGUUGAUUAUGCUUAUAGCUUAUUUGAAAAGCAGAUCCCAGUUGAUGCUGUUUUCCAGAAAGAUGAGAUGAUAGAUAUAAUUGGGGUGACAAAAGGUAAGGGCUACGAGGGAGUAGUGACCCGUUGGGGUGUGACUCGUCUCCCUCGAAAGACCCAUCGUGGUCUCCGCAAGGUUGCCUGUAUUGGUGCCUGGCAUCCAGCUAGAGUAUCCUAUACAGUUGCUAGGGCUGGGCAAAAUGGUUACCAUCACCGUACUGAGUUGAACAAGAAAGUCUACAAGUUGGGUAAAGCUGGUCAGGAGUCGCAUUCAGCUAGCACUGAGUAUGACAGGACUGAGAAGGAUAUAACUCCUAUGGGUGGCUUUCCGCACUAUGGAAUCGUCAAAGAUGAUUACCUCUUGAUAAAGGGUUGCUGCGUUGGGCCAAAGAAGAGAGUGGUGACGUUGAGGCAGUCAUUGUUGAAGCAGACAUCUCGCAAUGCAACAGAAAGUGUAGUUAUCGGGUUCAUUGACACAUCAUCAAAAUUUGGCCAUGGUCGUUUCCAGACAAAACAGGAGAAGGCCAGGCAUUAUGGACGACGUGUCGAUGCUUGAGAAAGGACUAGUUGGACUCAUCUUGCCCAGAAUAGCUGUUUUUGCAACACACAAUUUUGGAUUCAGUUCUUUUUUUUUUUUCAGACUUCUUAUUUCUUUAUACCCAGAUAAAGUUUUGUUGACAAUGUGGUUAAAUAGAUUCUUUUUUAUAUACUAGUUAAAGUUUGUGUUCCUUUUACGCUUGCUGAGAAUGAGUGUGAGUUUAGUUCGCCAAUUGUCAAGUUCUUCAGCUUUUAAGUAGAGUGACUGAGGUUCAGUCAUCAUCAGGAGUCCAGGACCUCAACAACAGUUAGAAGAAUAGGACAUGGGAUUUAAUGAAUUUGCAAAAAAUUAAAUGUCAUUUGUCAAGCUAUAAUAAAAUGUACUCAAUUUGAGAAUUUGGUACAAUUUGUACUAACUGUGUUGAACUCAAAAUCAUUUAGGAG